AUGAAACGGGUAGGAAGUGGGGCCAGCUUGGGAGCUGGAGAGCCAAUGUUUGCCGGUGUGGCCGCAGAAGCCCAGUCGGGUUUGGCCAAUUGGAGCCCGGGAGACACCCGUGGACUUGCGCAAGCGAUUCUUGCGUUCAUCGAGUCAGGUUCGGCGACUGAAUUACCGAGGAUUUGGCAGCAGAGGAGUGAUGAAAUACGGUCCCAACAUUCUCAAUCGCUCUACAAUGUACAAUGGCAGUUUCAGGGGAUUCAGGUUCAAAUGAUUUUCGUUCAUUUGAGCAUUACUUCUACUAACAAGUAA